AUGAUAAUUUUAGAGACGAAACUAAUAACGAAAAUUUAUUCCCAAUUGAAGAACUCAGAGAUUGUGCAUGUAAAAGAGAAAGAGAGAAACAAUUGUACAUAUCAUGUUAUUUGUGUUUAUUCCCUUGUAGGAAAUUUAAAGCUAAUCAGUAAGGUGGCUCCUAGAAAUACAUCAAAGUCAGAUUAUUAUCAGACACUAUCUACAAGAUCAGCAAUAGUAAUUACACUGACAAAUGAAAAGAAACACAAUAAUUUAUUAUCAGAAUCCCUUCAAUAA